AUGCCCUCCAUCUCACCCCCCACAAUAGACCCCUACACCCUAGCCCUCCAUCGCCUCUCCCUCCUCCAGUCCAACCAAUCCGUCGUCUCGCGCUUCUCCCAACUCCCUUCCCAGUCAAGUCCCAACAACACCCAAGAUGGGAAAAAGACCCAGACAACUAAAGAAGACCUCAAUGCCCUCUCCCACCCCGAAACCCUCUUCUGGCUUGCCCGCUCAGGGUACACGCCCUCUUCCCUCGCCCGUGUUCACAACUUGAAGUGUGUGCAUGUCGCGGGGACGAAGGGAAAGGGAACUGUGAGUACCAUGGUGGGCGCUAUACUGGGAGAGUACGCAUCCCAGUUGGGUGCGGGGGAACGGUCAAGGGUCGGGCUGUAUACCUCGCCGCAUGUGGUGGAUGUGAGGGAGAGGAUCGCUUUUUUCUGCGAAGGGGAAGGGGACAUCAUCCCCAAGGAAGAGUUUGGGGCGGUUGUCAAUGAGAUAUGGGAGAGGCUUACGCAGGCUGCAAGGGAGGAGGUGGAGGAGCUGAAGCAGGGAAAGGAACUCACCCCAGAGGAGGAAGAGGAGAUCCAAGGACCGACGACAAAGCCAUUCUUCUUUAAGUUCCUCACCCUAUGCGCGUUCCACGCAUUCGUCCAUCCUUCUGUCGCCGCAGCGGUGAUAGAGACCGGCAUUGGCGGGGAAUAUGACGCGACAAACAUCCUCCCGCCGGAGUGCAUCACCGCGUCGGUGGUGACACAGCUGGGGAUCGAUCACGUCUCCAUGCUGGGGGCCACGUUGCCUGAGAUUGCGUGGCACAAGGCGGGGAUUUUCAAGAAGGGGGUCAAGGCUUUCGCGAGGAAGCUGACGGGUGAAGAAGGGGAGAAGGUCAUGGAGGUAUUGAGGGGAAGGGCAAGGGAGAAGGGGGCCCAGCUGGUGGAGGUUGAGGAUAGCUUUAUCGAGGGCUGGUCUGGCUUGCCGGGGACGACGGAGGGCUCUGAGGGGAAAAGAAGUAACCCGUUCUUGAAGCAAAACGUGGCUUUGGCCGUGCAUGCGGCGAGGGAGCACCUGCUCCGGAGCGGUAUUACUCUUCCAGAGAGGUUCGCUUCGCCGGACUGGACGAUGGCAAGCUUACCGGAGGAGUUUAUCCGUGGUCUACAAAAGGCGAUCCGUGCACCUGUUCUACGCGGGAGAUUUGAGACGUAUACGGAUAGUCAGGGGAAGACGUGGUUCCUGGAUGGAGCACACACGACGGAUAGUUUGGCGGGAGUGGGGAGGUGGUUUGCGUCAGAGAUCGGAGAAGGGUAUGAGGACGAGGUUAGGGUGCUGGUGUUUAACCAGCAGGAUCGGGAUGUUGGGGGCUUGUUGAGGGCGGUGUAUGAGGGAGCGAAAGAAGGCUACCAGGGAAAGAGCAGGGUGUUUACGCAUGCUGUGUUCACAAGGAACGAAGAAGAACAGAGUGGUAAGGAAGGGGAGAGGGACUUGAGCGUGCAGAAGAAGGCUGAGGAGACGAUGAAGGCACUGGACGAGGGGACUAUAACGGAGGUAUUUGAUGCUGUCAAGCCGGCAGUUGAGUACAUCAAGGAUUUGGCCAAGCAGGGACGGGCGUGCAAAGUGCUGGUGACGGGCAGCUUUCACCUUGUUGGACCAGUAUUGAGGACAAUUAAUCAGUCAUAA